GCCCCCACAAGUGAAAUCCCCCACUCCCAGGUGAGCUUUGCCCCCACCAUGAGUUGAUCUUUACACAAGUGAAUAUGUAGCUAUCUGUUUGCUUUCUGAUAACACUCGCCCAGUUUGUAUAUAAAUGGCUGCCAUUUGUUGUUCAGGUUUAGUAUUUGCUGUAAAGGUUCAGUAAUUCACCUCACAGGUAAGAGAAACACAGGAUAAUUGUUGGGACUUUAAAGUUAAUUUAGACCAAAAUAGAUUAAUUUGAAACAUUCUCCAACUAAACUGUUUACAUCUUGUUAUGUGGGCCUAAAAUUCACUUUGAAUUCCCACCGAUUCACACAUUAGUAAAUAACUCUAUUUGUGUAAAAAGUGAGCUGAUGGUGCAGAUAUUGGGGAUGUGGGGGUUUGGUCCUGUUGUAGAGGUGUGGCGGGGUUAAGUGCUGUGGAAGAUGUGUGGGGGGGGGUGGGUGCUGUGGAAGACAUGUGGGGGGGGCUGGCUGUGGAAGACGUGGGGUGGUUGGGUGCUGUGGAAGACGUGUGGUGGGUUGGGUGCUGUGGAAGACGUGUGGGGGGGUUGGGUGCUGUGGAAGACGUGUGGGGGAGUUUGGGUGCUGUGGAAGAAAUGUGGGGGGUUGGGUGCUGUGGAAGAGGUGCGGGGGAGUUUGGGUGCUGUGGAAGACGUGUGGGGGAGUUUGUGUGCUGUGGAAGACAUGUGGGGGAGUUUGGGUGCUGUGUAAGAGGAGUGGGUGGUUUGGUGCUCUGAAAAAGGUGUGGGGAUCCUGUGUAAGAGGAGUGGAGGAAUUUGAGUGUUGUGGAAGAGGUGUGGAAGGGUAGAGUGCUGUGGAAGAUGUGUGGAUGUUGGAUGCUGUGGAAGAAGUGUGUGUGAGGUGGGUGUUGUGGAAGAGGUGGGGGAGAGUUUUGGAUGCUGUGGAAGAAUUGUUGGUCGGGGGUUGGGUGCUGUGUUAAAGGUGUGGGGGAGGUUGGGUGCUAUGGAAAAGGUUAAAUUAGUUUGGGUACUGUGGAAGAGGUGUGGGGGUGGGUGCUGUGGAAGAGGAGUGGAGGGAAUUUGGGACCUUGGGAAGAGGUGAUGGGCGGGUGCUGUGGAAGAGGUGUGGGGGUUUAGGUGCUUUGGAAGAGGUCUGGAGGUAGAUUGGGAGCUUUGGAAGGAGGGUGGGUGGGGUUGGUGCUGUGAAAGAGGAAUGUGAGGAUAUUGGAUGCUGUGGAAGAGAUGUGGGUGAGUCUGGGUGCUGUGGAAGAGAUAUGGGUGAGUCUGGGUGCUAUGGAAGAGGUGUGGGGGAGUUUGGGUGCUGUGUAAGAGAUGUGGGUGAGUAUGGGUGCUGUGUAAGAGAUGUGGGUGAAUCUGGGUGUUGUAGAAGAGGUGUGGGUGAGUCUGGGUGCUGUGGAAGAGGUGUGGGGGAGUUUGGUUGCUGAGUAAGAGAUGUGGGUGAGUCUGGGUGCUGUGGAAGAGGUGUGGGGGAGUUUGGUUGCUGUGUAAGAGAUGUGGGUCAGUCUGGGUGCUGUGGAAGAGGUGUGGGGGAGUUUGGGUGCUGUGUAAGAGAUGUGGGUGAGUCUGGGUGCUGUGGAAGAGGUGUGGGUGAGUCUGGGUGCUGUGGAAGAGGUGGGGGUGAGUUUGGGUGCUGUGGUAGAGGUGUGGGGGAGUUUGGUUGCUGUGGAAGAGGUGUGGGGGAGUUUGGUUGCUGUGGAAGAGAUGUGGGUGAGUCUGGGUACUGUGGAAGAGGUAUGAGGGGUGGAUGAUGUGGAUGAUAUGUGGGUGAGUCUGGGUGCUGUGGAAGAGAUGUGGGUGAGUUUGGUUGCUGUGGAAGAGGUAUGAGGGGUGGGUGAUGUGGAAGAGAUGUGGGUGAGUCUGGGUGCUGUGGAAGAGAUGUGGGUGAGUUUGGUUGCUGUGGAAGAGAUGUGGGUGAGUUUGGGUGCUGUGGAAGAGAUGUGGGUGAGUUUGGUUGCUGUGGAAGAGGUGUGGGGGAGUUUGGGUGCUGUGGAAGAGAUGUGGGUGAGUUUGGGUGCUGUGGAAGAGAAGUGGGUGAGUUUGGUUGCUGUGGAAGAGGUGUAGGGGAGUUUGGGUGCUGUGGAAGAGGUAUGAGGGGUGGGUGAUGUGGAAGAGAUGUGGGUGAGUCUGGGUGCUGUGGAAGAGAUGUGGGUGAGUUUGGUUGCUGUGGAAGAGGUAUGAGGGGUGGGUGAUGUGGGUGAGUCUGGGUGCUGUGGAAGAGAUGUGGAUGAGUUUGGGUGCUGUGGAAGAGGUAUGAGGGGUGGGUGAUGUGGAAGAGAUGUGGGUGAGUCUGGGUGCUGUGGAAGAGAUGUGGGUGAGUUUGGUUGCUGUGGAAGAGAUGUGGAUGAGUUUGGGUGCUGUGGAAGAGGUAUGAGGGGUGGGUGAUGUGGAAGAGAUGUGGGUGAGUUUGGUUGCUGUGGAAGAGAUGUGGAUGAGUCUGGGUGCUGUGGAAGAGAUGUGGGUGAGUUUGGGUGCUGUGGAAGAGGUAUGAGGGGUGGGUGAUGUGGAAGAGAUGUGGGUGAGUCUGGGUGCUGUGGAAGAGGUGUGGGGGAGUUUGGAUGCUGUGGGAGGUUGAGUGCUGUGGAAGACCUCUGGGGGAGAGUUUAGGUGCUGUGGAAGAGGUGUGUGCUGGGAGUUUCAUCUCUGACUCUAUAGGGUUUGGUGCACGAUGUCUAAAUGUGAAUAGUGUGUAUAAAGUUAGUGUUUUAACUCUAUUUUUGUAGUGGCUUAGGAUGGCCUCUGAGGAUCUUGUUCUUCUCCUACCCCUCCCUCGCCUCCAGCAGCUGGCCCGUGAUUGGCUGGCGGAAGAUGCUCCAUGGCUGGAUGUGGCUGGGUGGGCAGCUUCUCAUGGAAGAAGUGAAUUACAGGAAGAGGCAGUGUUACUGUGUAAAUCCGCUGGGGUGUUAGCGGGAAGCCCAUUCUUUCAAGCAGUUUGUGAAGAAGCUGGGUGCUCUGUGAGUUGGAAACACAAAGAAGGGGAAUGGCUAGAGCCUGUUACACAGGUGGCAACUGUCAGGGGUGAGCUAUAUUACAUAUUACAUGUCUUUUCUUGUAAUUAUUUUGUCAGAAGGCUAUGGUAAGAAAUGAAAAGGGACAGAGUAGGAUAUAAGCGCUACGGAAUCUGUUGGCGCUAUAUAAAUGGCAAUAAUAAUAAUAAUAUGUAGAUGUAGAUCGGCUGCUUUCAUUUGAUGGGAUUGGAGAUACAUAAGACUGCCUGUCAGGUCCGUUUUGGACACGCCCACUUCGAGCUGAUUGGCUGGUGCUGUGUGACUUCAGUUACUCCUGCAGAAGCUAUCAGGCUCUGCACAGACAGCCCCUUUCAAUCUGGUAUCCCCCCACUUCAGAUUCACUCUAUUGAAACAGCAGGUAGACCCGCCCACCUCUCAAAGAGGGAGGUGCUUCAGAAUCUGGAUUUGAGACGGGGCACUGAAACGCGCGUCGACAAAGGUGCAUUAUACAGAGCACUGAAAUGCGCGUCGACAAAGGUGCCUUAUACAGAGCACCGAAACGCGCGUCUACAAAGGUGCCUUAUACAGAGCACCAAAACGCGCGUCGACAAAGGUGCAUUAUACAGAGCACUGAAACGCGCGUCGACAAAGGUGCAUUAUACAGAGCACCGAAAUGCACGUCGACAAAGGUGCAUUAUACAGAGCACCAAAACGCGUGUCGACAAAGGUGCAUUAUACAGAGCACCGAAACGCGCGUCAGGCUUUUUUCCUUUUUAUUUUGUAUUAUGGGCACUGGGCAUUGGUUGAUUUAAUCACUCUCCUACUUUAAACAUGAUUUUGAUAUUCACUAUCUAAUCUUUCUGCUUCUAUGCCUGUCUAGCUAGAUUACCAGGGAGAAAGGCUUUAUAAAAUUCUACUGUCAGUUUAUUUGAAACUGACUUAUUGAUCUAAAAUAACCUUCUCUCCACACUUGCUGUCUGACAGUAUUUCUCCUCUGAAAUCUAGCACUGUAACCCUUUCUAGACCUAUUUAGAUUAUUUUGCUGUAAUCAUCACUAGCUACAGACUGACUGAGUCAUCCACUGUAACCAUACUAUAACUACUACAGAGAUAUUUUGGAUUCCUCAAACUAUAUAUUUUGUUCAACCUGUGAGUACAGAUUCUGAGAUUCCAGCUUAUAGGGUACAGUGUCACUAAGAGGAGUGUCCUUGAUACACCAGGGAUAGGGGUAAUACAUUGGGAUUGAUUUUUCUCUUUUAAGUCAGUUUUUCAAUAAAUAUAUAUCUUUUAGUACCUUGGAGCACAUCCCUAUACAUAUAUGUGAGUUACCCUUACCUGGCUCAUAUCCAGGUUGCACAGUUGCAUUAAUUACACUUGUAUAUACUUUAUUUUUCACUUACUUUAUGGUCUCACUAUUUAGAUAUUAUUAUUCGAUAUAUUAGCCAGUACAUUAUUACCCUGAUUCUACAUUGCUAUAUAUAUAUCCAGGUGAUGUACCUGAUCUCAGGGCUUCGUUUGCACUGAGACCAGUAGCAUCUUUGCUCCUGUUUUUUGUCUAAUAAAUGAAAACACUGAGUUGGUACCAGUGUGUCUCAGGCACUGGUGAAUACUGGGUUAGACCUGGUUUGGUUGUGGCCUUGAUUAAUACUUGGUUAGUCCUAGUUUGGAUUUGACCUUGAUUAAUACUGAGUUAUUCCUGGGUUGGCUGUGGCCCCUGGUUAAUACUGGGUUAUUCCUGAUUUGGUUCUGGUUCCGGUUAAUACUGGGUUAGUCCUGGUUCGGUUGUAGCCUUGGUUAAUGCUGGAUAAGUCCCGAUUUGGUUGUGACUUUGGUUAAUACUGGGUUAGACCUAGUUCGGUUGUGACUAGAGUUGAGCGGACACCUGGAUGUUCGGGUCCUGUGGGUUCGGUUGAACUUUGAAAAAAAGUCUCUGUUCGGGCUCGGUCAAUGGGGACCCGAUCAGAGUGCUCUGUGUCAUUUUACACAGCGUGGGAAAGUUCUUUGGAAUUUUCCCACGCUGUGUAAAAUGACACAGAGCACUCUGAUUGGUGGUUUAAGUAAAUGUAUGGGACUUUUCUUAUCAAGCCAGUUUGAAAGACACGCCCCUACUCGCGGUGUAGCGAGUAGGGGCAUAAUUUACUAAUACUAAGUGACCAGCUUCUAUAGAGGCUGGGUCACAAGCUGCACUGGCCAAUCACAGCCAUGCCAUUAGUAGGCAUGACUGUGAUGGCUUCUAAGGGCACAUGAGUCAAACGCUUGUUGAUUGGCUGCCCUGCAGCCUUUCAAAACGUGUCAUUAAAUCGCCGAACUCCGACCUGAACAUACAGUGAUAUGUCCGUGUUCGGAUGAGGGGUCCAAAAAACUUAAAGUUCGGUACGAACCCGAACUUUUCAGUUUGGGUUCGCUCAACUCUAGUUGUGACCCAUUUAAUACUGGCUUAGUCCCUUUUCGGUUGUGGCCUGGUUAAUACUGGGUAAGUUCCAGUACGUUUGUGGCAUUGGUUAAUACUUGGUUAGUCCUGGUUUGGUUGUGGCCUUGGUUAAUACUAAGUUUGUCCUGGUUCAGUUAUCACCCCAGUUAAUACAGGGUUAGUCCUGCUUUGGUUGUGUCCCUGCAGAAUAAUGAGUGUGUUCCUGCCCAGUUUGACCCUGAUGAAUACUAGGUUAGUUCUGGCUUGUUUGUGGCCCUGGUGAAUAUUAGUUAGUUCUGGUAAGUUUGUGGCCCUGGUGAAUAUUAGUUAGUUCUGGCUUGUUUGUGGCCCUGGUGAAUAUUAGUUAGUUCUGGCUUGUUUGUGGCCCUGGUGAAUAUUAGUUAGUUCUGGUUAGUUUGUGGCCCUGGUGAAUAUUAGUUAGUUCUGGGUUGUUUGUGGCUUAUUUUUCAUGCACUGAUCUCCUGUUAUCAUCCAAAUUGGUAUUAAGUAGCCUAAUAUGAAGGUAGUAUUAUCAGUGUAUUGAAUUAAAAUAUUAUUGCAAAAUAAAAAUACAGACCCCUGGCGUCUUCUUCCCACUGAAAAUCUGAUACGUGUCGUCCUCUGCGUUCCACAAAAUGUCAGACAUAUUGUUCUCUGUGAUUCAUUAUUAUUUACUUGUUUUAGUUUGUUUUGUUUGCCUAAUGUAAUGAACUUACACAAAUUGCAGGUUACGAGCUUAAUGACCUAUUUUUUGGGAGAGAAGAAUUGGUUGUCUUUCUUCAUAAAGACAUGUGAAGGUUCCCAUAAUGGUCCCGGGAAUAUUUAUCCCAUGAGACAAUAUAAUUUUCAAGAAUUCAAUUUUUGUAUUUUUUUUUUUGGUACCUGACUAUUUAAAUGCUAUGAAGAUAAUCAGUUUUCUCUGUGUGCAUGCUAUAAUGUUAGGUGUUUGACUCUGCCUACUGACAUAAAUACACCUGGAUUCCCAAGGAGGGCAUUUGUCGUGCUGCCUUUUCCACUAGAUCAGUCACUGUGAAUAAAUGUCUUCUACUUCUCUUUUUCCCAGGUCGGAUCAAUGACAUUCUCUUAGCUGAGCGGCCAGCUCUCAAUGUUUUAUCUCGUGUGAGUGGAGUAGCCACCCUGGCCAGGAAAGUGACACAGAGUGCAAAAGGUGCGGGAUGGUCUGGACAAGUAACAGGGACCAGGAAGACUACACCUGGCUUCCGUCUGCCUGAGAAGUAUGCCUUGCUGGUGGGUGGAGCUGGGACUCAUCGAUAUGGAACUGGUGACCUGCUCAUGCUAAAGGACAAUCACAUAUGGGCAAUGGGUGGAAUCACUGAGGUAAGCAUAGAGUCACCACUCUUGUUCACAAUUGUGGCUUCGCACCAGAGCAUCACCCAAAAACUGAGCUUUAAGGUCCAUUGGCCAGAAGUAGGUCAGUCUGUCUGACAAAUUGUAUAAAUCAAUAUUCACUGUAUGGGACUUUUCUUAUCAAUAUAACCAGUAGAGAAAAUAAUAGCAUUAGGGCCGAGGUGCUCCAUACUCUGGAGGUUGUCCGCGUCCUCACCAAUAAUAUGUGUGGCAAAAGUAACCUCGUCACUUGAACUUGGAGAGGCCUGCUUGCCAGCCUCUUGCCCUGUGACUAUUGCCCCUGCGAUGUAUUGCCCUUUAAAAGCUCUAUUUGGGCUUAUUGGAUUCUAAAAUACUCUUUCUGCCCCUUUAAAUUAUAUCGGAGCAGUUCUACAACUUUGAAGUGGGACUUCGGAUACAGCCAAAGUGCCGAAGUGGCCGCCAUUCGCCAAACGAACAUGUGGCGGUGGCCAUUUUAGUUCAGUUGAACAAGUUCAGCUGUGUUUUGUCGUCGAGUUCAUGGAACUCAAAUCGGACAUGCGACGGCAUGAACACCGCUGAAACCGUACCUUCUCUGGACUUUCACCCUUCAACUGGGGUCAAACGCCGUUCGGCAAUUCGAAUGGCACUUUAACAUUGACGGUUUGCACGAACAGUUGCCGUUCGUCUAUUUGAACUGAACUUAACAUGGGAAAUAGACCAGCCAAAUAGACCAGCCGCAUAGCCAAAUUCUCUGGAACUGUUUUAGGCAUGAAAUCAAGCGUGCGGUCGGUCCUUUUUCACUCACACAUUCUACUUUGAGCAUAAAUUCUAACCUCCUGUUAGGUGUUCCUGCCAAAGGACACCCCAAUAUGUGCUCGGCAACAUCUCCCGGGUACAGCGAUACCACCCAUGCAUAUGUUUGUUGGGUUCACUGGGGGGUGCAAAGCAAAAUGUCUAUCUGUUUUUCAAAUUGUACAUAUCUUGUUUGCCAAUCUUCCUUAUGGGGGACUUAUCAGAUAUCCCAAUGUAUUUUCUUGACAUGAGCGUGCAUGUAUUUGAAAAGUUGACAUCCUGCAGUAGUUGAACGCGUGUGGAGGUAACUGUUCAAUCCUCAUUUUCACACACACACACACACACACACUGCUUUUUGACUGUGAUUUAGGAGAGCCCGCUGUUGGUUAUUGCAAGAACACACCCCAGGGGGUUUUCUGCAAGGCUUCUCCUUAGGACACCCAUGCCCCCCACGCAUAGGCUCGCCAGGAUUUUGGGAAGGUAUGGUUACAAUUGUAUGACUUUUCAGUUUGAGUUGAAAUUGAGAGUAGUUCUUCUGAUAGGCCUAUCUUUAGCUUGGGGCUUAUCACAGAGCCCAGUUUUAUAGAUCGCCACGAAAGGAUACACACUUUGAAACGUAGACACCCCAAGGUAUUGCAUGUGGAGUGCUUUGAUGCAACCUUUUUUUCUUUUUUUAUAGCCAGACCAAAAAUAAAUAAAUAAAAUAAAACAGUUGAAGAACGCGUGUGGAGGUAACUGUUCAAUCCUCAUUUUCACACACACACACACACACUGCUUUUUGACUGUGAUUUAGGAGAGCCCGCUGUUGGUUAUUGCAAGAACACACCCCAGGGGGUUUUCUGCAAGGCUUCUCCUUAGGACACCCAUGCCCCCCAUGCACGGGGUAAAUGUAAGAACCUCCCCUCCCCCCAAAAAAAAAAAACUCUGAACGGCAAAUGUUAAAAAAUAAAUUAAAAAUGGACCAGCGUGUGGUAGCGUUUGAAGCAGUCGCCAAUGCAGAGUCCAGGCUGUCCAGGGCAAUCAGGACAGUAAUAUACUGUCUUUUCUCUGCCCCCUCUUAGAACAGACCCUGCAUCUUUUUUGGGGAUUCUGCUUUGCCGCAGUAGGGGGGAUUUUAAAAAUAAAAUGUGUAGCCCCAACUCUGCUCUCUCCCAUCACCGCCCGGGGAGCAGGUGCAUCACGGUACAAAAUCCCCGAAAUGAUCUGGAGCUGAAACUGUAAAAAUCUCAGUUGCGUCCCGGGGUUUGCUUUUUUGAACAACAAGAAAGCGUUGUGGGUUGCAAUCUGCAUCAGGUAGAUUGCAACCUUUUUGUACCAGGCCCUUGUCUUUCGUAUAAUUAGGUAGGGCUGCAGCAGCUGAUCUGCCAGAUCAACCCCACCCAUGUGCCGGUUAUAGGCCUUGAUGCACACUGGCUUCCUUGUCCUCUCAGCUCUGCCACGUACAGGGACCUCCACAGUCCCCUCAGUGUGGAUGCUGGUAAGAAGGUACACAUCCUUCUUGUCUCUGUACUUAACUGCCAACAGCUCCUCUUGGCGCAGAGCUGAGGUCUCCCCCCUUCGUAGCCGGGUGCGUGCAAGUUGUCCUGGGAAACCUGUGCUGUUCUUUUUAAUUGUGCCGCAAGCUACUGUAUCAAAACAGUACAGUAGCUUGAACAAAGGGACACUUGUAUAAAAAUUGUCAGUAUACAAGUGGUACCCUUUGUUCAUGAGGGGGAAAAUCAGGUCCCAGACAAUCUUGCCACUGGUUCCCAUAUGUUCUGGGCAACCUGGAGGGUCAAGGUGGCUAUCCUUUCCCUCGUACACCCGGAAGGCCUGAAUAUACCCAUUCUCGCUAUCACAGAGCUUAUACAUCUUUACACCAUACCUAGAGCGCUUGGAAGGAACAUACUGCUUGAAUCCCAGCCUUCCCUUAUACUUCAUCAGGGAUUCAUCCACGCAUAUAUUCCUUCCAGGUGUAUAAGCCUCUGCAAACCUGGCAGCGAAGUGGGUAAUCAGGGGGCGGAUUUUAUACAGCCUGUCAAAUUGGGGAUGCUCCCUAGAGGGACACAGGCUGUUGUCGUUGAAGUGCAUGAAAUGCAGAAUCAUUUCAUACCUCUUCCUCGACAUACAUUGGGAGUAAAUGGGGGUAGAGCAGAUGGGGCUACUGCUCCAGUAGGAGCGGAUGGAGGGCUUCUUUAUGAUGCCCAUCAGCAUAGUCAAUGCCCAGAAUCUUUUAAAUUCUGGCACAUCGAUGGGGGCCCAUUGCUGCUUUGCCAAAAAAGAGUCAGGAUUUGUAGCUCUGAAUUGAUGGGCAUAUAAAUUAGUUUGGGCGACAAUGUUCCCCAAUACAUCAUCGCCCAGAAACACCUCCAUAAACUGCUGAGGGCUAAAUCCUGUGACAUCCAAAUUAAUGCCAGGAUUUGCAGUAAACAGGGCCGGAUUAAAAGCAGAGUGGGCCUGGUGCUGACAAUUAUGAUGGGCCUAAUUAUGGAAUCUUAUCGACCAAAAACACUAAAACAAUCAUACCUCCCAAGCGUCAUGUAUCUGAUGGAGAUGGUGCUGGAGGGAAACUCAUAGGAUGCAGCUAUGAGAAAACACAUACUCUAUGCUAAUCUCUCUCUAAUUUAUGCUUUCAUCUUUCAAGUAAAUCCAUACCCCCUAACAGCAGUGUCCAGUGAAGCAGGAAGUUAAUGGGCGGGGUAAAAGGGUGUGCCACUGGCGCGAAUCACGUGACAAGACCUGCCAAAAGGGGUGAACAUGCCCAAAAAGGGGAACAUUUGUCCAAAGAAUUGGAAGGUCAGCCUGGCAUGAAUGCGUGUCAGGCUGCCUGCCAAUCCUGCAAUCCUAAUGAUGCGCUCACUCCAUUCUUUCAAAGGACUGUCCCCUAGCACUCGCUGGUCCACUUGUCUCCUUACCUUCUUACUAGCAGGCAGAAGUUCCUGGUAUAUAGUCUGAGACAGAGAAAAGAUGUCUGUAGUGAGUGUAGAAGAAAGGGGACAUGCCACAGUGUUAGAGAGACCAACAUCUGCAUUACCUAAACUAGCCAGUGCACACAAGUUUUGUUCCCAUACAUCCCUCUUAAGUUCCCAAACUUAAAGGGACACUAUAGUCACCAGAACAACUACAGCUUAUUGUAUUUGUUCUGGUAAGUAGAAUCAUUCCAUUCAGGCUUUUUGCAGUAAACACUGUGUUUUCAGAGAAAAUAACUCCACUGGCUGCUCCUUAGAUGGCUGCUAGAGGUGCUUCCUGGGGCAGUACUGCCUAGUGUGCAGCACUGUCAUUCAGUGUCUCCACCCUCUGCAUGCAGACACUGAACUUUCCUCAAAGAGAUGCAUUGAUUAAAUUUAUCUUUAUGAGGAGAUGCUGAUUGGCCAGGGCUAUGUUGGACUUGUGCUGGCUCUGCCCCUGAUCUGCCUAGUUGACAGUCUCAGCCAAUCCUAUGGGGAAGUAUUGUAAUUUGCUCAGACCACCACUUCUGAGCCAGCAGCUGCAGAAUUGAAUACAAGUAAUAUUUUACUAUAUUUAGGGAGGGAAGACGGGGCCAGAGUGGUGGUUUUAACAUAAUAGGGUCAGAAAUACAGGAUUGUGUUCCUGACCCUCUAGUGUUCCUUUAAGCAAGAGUAUGCAAAGAGUAGUUAAGGUUGCCACCUUUCUUGGAAAAAAAUACCAGCCGUAAUCAUUUGUAUAAUUAAUUAGUUAUGCGUGACAUCACAUGAUGUAAAUUACAAGGAGUGACAUCAGAGAAAAUUCUGUAAAAUCACCAACAAACUACACACAGUUUGAUUCUGCUGUAUAGAUGGAUUGCUCCCAGUGUCUCCCUGUCUCCCAGUGUCUCAGUCUCGCAAGUCACCCAGUGUCUCAGUGUCCCUAUGUAUCACAAUGUCAGUGUCCCCAUGUCGCCCAGUCCCCUAGUCUCCCAGUGUCUGUGUCCCCAUUUCUCCCAGUGUCUCCAUGUCUCAGUGUGUCCCCAUGUCACUAGGAUACUGGGGACACUGAGAGACCCGGGGACACUGAGACAUUUAGGGAAACUGGGAGAAAUGGGGACACUGAGACACUAGGGACACAGACACUGGGAGACAUGGGGACACUGAAACAUUUGGGGACACUAAGACACUAGGGACACAGACAUGGGAGACUAGGGGACACUGGGAGACUAGGGGACACUGGCUGGGAGACAGACACUUGGGGACACUGGGAGACAUGGGGACAGUUGUGGACAUAGACAUGUGGACACUGGGACAUAUAGGGAGACAUGUCUCACAGUGUCCCCUAGUGUCUCAGUGUCCCCAGGUCUCCCAGUGUCUGUGUCCCCAUGUGUCCUAGUGUCUCAGUGUCCCCUAGUGACAGUGUCCCCAUGUGUCCCCUAGUGUCUGUGUUCCCAUAUGUCCCCAAGUGUCUCAGUGUCCCCAUGUUUUCAGUGUCCCCAAGUGUCUCAGUGUUCCCAGGUCUCCCAGUGUCUGUGUCCUAGUGUCUCAGUGUCCCCUAGUGUAUGUCAUGUGUCUAGUGUCCCCUAUGUGUCAUCAUGUGUCCCCUAGUGUCUCAGUGUCCCCAUAUGUCCCCUAGUGUCUCAGUGUCCCCAUGUGUCCCUGCUGCCUUUCCCCCCAUCCCUCACUUACCUGAGCUGUAGAGCUGCUGUCUGGACUCUCUGCUGUGUAGCUGCUCCCCCACGGAUCAGUGAGUAGUAGAGAGAGGCAGGGAUAUUCUGUAACUUCCUAUACCUGCCUCUCUCCACACACAGUGACCCCUACUGGCCGGUGCUGGUAUUGCAUAGUAAUUUCCAUUUAUUCUGAGAAAAUUACAUGCAUUUGUAUUGCUGGUAUUACUGCAAUACCGGCACGGCCAGGCAGCCUCAAAUACCGUCUGUGCCAUUAAAAUACCAGUCAGGUGGCAAACCUAAGAGUAGUGUGUAAAAAAAAAAAAAAAAUUUUUUUUUUUUUUAAAUGGGCCUAUUCCAUGGGUAUGGACCUGGAGGUGCAGCUCCAUCAGCCCCUAUGUUAAUCCGGCCCUGGCAGUAAAGGAUGGGAUGUCUGGCCUCUGGCGAUGAGGCACUACCCACUCCUCAGCAGUUCUGCCAGCUGUAGCAGCACGUCUCCUUCUGGCAGGGGGACUAGCAGGCACAGAUACAACAUCACUAGAUGCAUCACUAGCAGCAGACACUGUAUCUAGUGAUGAUGUAUCUGAGCAACUGGCUGGGUCAAAAUCAGGGUCAGAGUCUGACAUAGACGCGUCAGACUCUAGCGCAAGGGUGGCAUAUGACUGCUCAGCGCUGGUUGACUUCCGUGACCCAUGUGACAUGAUCACAAUCGCUUUACUUAGUGACCUGUCACAAAAAAAAAAAAAAAUAAACCCUAAAAAAAAAAUGAACAGACAGCAAAAUAAGUGCUGCUGUGCAAGAGCCUGUGAUCUGCAGAGUGAUCACAGGCAGGACAGGGGUUAAUCGUUCUGAAAAGAGCUUUUGGGUCUCAAAAAAAAAAAAAAAUUCACAAAAAUGAACCCCUAAAAAAGAAAAAAAAUAUGCACAAACAGCAGACAAUUACUGCUGUGCAAAAGCCGGUGAUUAUAGUGAUCACUGGCAAGACAGGGGUUAAUGGCUCUGAAAAGAGCCUUUGGGUCUCAAGAGUUUACAAAUCCCUACCUAUAAACACCUAAAUCUCUCUAGCUAAACCACAGAUCUCUCUCCUUCUCUCACUAAAGCACAAGUGAGGAGAGGGAGGCAGAUCCACACUAAUCAGAGAAAUGGGGAACACACUUGGGAUGAAAUUGCUAAUGGGGCAAGCUGUGAUUGGAUGACCCCAGCCUGCCCCUUAUGAUGCGGCAUGCUAGGGACACCCCCAGAAGCCCCAUGAUUCACUGCCUUUAGAAAGGGAUGGGGGUUAAUAUUGAUCAUUUUAUUUCUUUUCUAUUUAAUUUUUUAAUAUAUAGUAUUAUAUAUGCACUGAGUGCCAGGACCCCUCAAGGCACUCCGCACAUGCAGAGCAUCACUGCAAUACUAUCAGAGCUUCCAGAGCUCAAAAUAGCUGCGGACGUAGCAGGUACGUCCAAGGUCAUUAUGGAAUGUUUUCUGCCAGACGUACCAGAUACGUCCAUGGUCAUGAAGGGGUUAAACCCUGUUUUUGUCCAUGUCUCUGUCUAGAUUUCUCCCUGUUUAAACAUAUUACAGUCUGAAUGGAAGCAGCACAUCACUCAUUGUUUUAGACAGUCUAUUUAUCUCUCUCUUUUAGGCUUUCUCAAGAAAUUUUAUCUUUGGACUAUGUCUUUCAGGCUGUGGCGGGCGUGCGCUCUCUCAUUGGUCACACGCUGAAGGUGGAAAUUGAGUGUCGCUCUCUGGAGGAAGCAUUUGAAGCUGCAGCAGCCGGAGCUGACAUUGUUAUGUUGGACAAUCUGUCCCCUGAGGUACUCAAUGUUUUCCCUGUAAUUUUACCCACAGCCUUCAUCUUCCCCUAAAACAUUUGAGUCAUAUUAGCGGGUGGGG